AUGGCAUUUUCACAAUUUUAUUCAAUUCUUCUCUUUAUUUUAUUUUCUUUACAUUUAUAUAAAACAAAUAAAACAUAUGUGUAUCAUUAUACAACAAAUAUUACAGAAAAUUCAUAUAAACAAAUAAUUUUACAAAAUAUAUCCGGUUAUGUUUAUAUUACACCAAUAAACAUUAAAGAAAUGAAUGAUGCAAUGAAUGAAUUAUUUCAUAAAAGAUUAUGGUAUAUCACAUUGAAUAUUGAUCACCCUCAUCAUCAUCAUCAUCAUGAUCAUCAUCACCAUAGUGAUAAAGAUCAAUUUGUAGAUCCAUUCAUUACUUUAUAUGGUUUAAUAUUAUUUGAUAAUAAAGGAUUGAUUGAUAGAAUUUAUAUACCUCAAUCUAAAAUGAAAUUAUAUUCUAUACAAUUAAAUUUAUUUAAAGGAUUAAUUAGUUUAUUUAAUAUACAUGAUACAUUUGAACCAGGUUAUGAAAUAGAUAGUUCUGGUAAAUGUUAUGUCACAUAUGCAAUUCUAUCAAAUGAUGAUGAUAAUGAUGAUGAUCAUCAUCAUCAGGAGAAGAAGAAGAACAAGAACAAGAAGAAUAUUACAGAGAAUGUAAUUAUUAUUGAUAAAGAAAAGAAAUUCUGUCAUCGAUUACAUCAUCCAAUCGAUAUAUGGAAUGAGAAUGUAUUCAAUAUAAUACAAUUAAAAGAGACAAGACAAUUACUAACACGUUAUAUCUAUAAUAAAUUCACAUAUCAAAUUUAUAAAAUACAAGGAUAUGAAAGACAAAUACAUUCAAUAAUUAAUGAUACAUUGGGUAGUAACUAUUAUUAUGAUAAUGAUGAACAAUAUAAACAAUUAAUUAAUUCUACUGGUAUUGAUUUAAUUACAUGGCAACAAUUAGAAUUUAUACAUGAAAUUGAUAUCUAUCAUGAUAAUAAUCAUAAUAAUAGAAUAAAAGAAAUGAUUAAAAAACAAUAUGAUUUCACAUUAAAUGAAAUAAUUGAAUUAUUAUUUAAUUCUAAUUAUCAAAUUAUUCAUUUAGGUCUUAUUUAUCCAAUUACAAAAUCAACUAUAUGUAGUUUAAAUGUAAAUUUAUUCAGUUAUUCCAAUGAUAAUAAUAACAAUAAUGAUUAUUAUAAUAAAGAAUUGAUUGAUUUACGUCAAUCUAUUGAAUCUUAUCGUGAUUAUUUACAAACUGAUAUGAUUGGUACAAUUAAAUCAUCUGAUGCUGUAUUAAAUUUAAUACAAAAAUUACGUUGUCUCCCAAAUACAAAUCAAUCGAUUACUAUAUUAAAUAGUAUUACUAUGUUAUCUCCUCCAUCUAUUGAUAUACAUUUAAUUUAUCGUCAAUUAAAUACAUGGAAAGAUCAAUUAAUUGAUAUAUUGAUUCAUUGUGGUACAAAUACAUGUUUAACAAUUGUAUUUAAUCGAUUAAAUGCUUUAACACAAUUUAUUGAUUUAACUCAUCAUGAUCAUCAUCAUCAUAAUAAUAAUAAUCAAUAUACGAAUCAAUCAAUUGAAAUUAUUAAAACAAAAGAAUUAUUAUAUCAAAAAUUAUGGCCAUCUUUAUCAUAUAUUAAUCAAUUAACUAUUGAACAAAUGAAUCAAUUAUAUCAAUUAUGUGAAAAAUCAAUAAAUAUCGAUCAAAAUUAUGUUUGUUUAAUGACUUUAGUGAAUUUAAAUUCCCGCAUUGAAAAUUUUAAACAAUUUUAUUAUUUUAAACAAAUAAUAAAACAUAUUGAAUAUUUAUUAAAUAUAACUAAUUUUAAUAAUAAAAAAAAUAAUUUAUUAUUAAUGAUAGGUAUAUCAUUAUGUAAACAAUUACAUCAUCCUGAUUUAAUGAAACCUUUAUUAAAAUUAUUACACAAUGAUCAAUUAACAUCUAUUAUACGUUCAUUAAUUAUUCAAACAAUUGGUGAUAUAUAUUAUACAAAAUCAAUUCAAAAAUCUAAUAAUAAUAAUAAUCAUAAUAGUUACCAUAGUAACCAAAAACAAUUAAUUGAAAUUACAACUCAAUUAAUUGAAUUAUUUUUAAAAUUACCAAUUCAUUUAAAUGAUGAUUUAUUAAUAAAUUAUGAAAUAUUUAAAUUAUUAUUAUUAUCACCAUCAUUAAAUAUUCCCCCCAUAGAUAUUACAUAUUUAUUACGUUAUUUAAUUAAACAAAAUAGAUGGUUAUUAAUUAAAUUAUGUAGACAAUUAAUUAUAGAUUCAUGUAAAUUACAAUUAUUUAAUUAUAAUCAAUGUAAUUGUUUAAAUGGUUUAUUAUCUAAAUGUAAAUUAAAUUUAGCUGGUAGUUGGUAUGGUUUAAUUGAUAAUAAUCAUUAUUUAAUGAAUCAAAAAUCAAUAUUAUUACAUCAUCAAUUAUAUCAUAUAUAUAAUAUAUUAUUUAUUGAUUAUCAAUUAUAUAUUUUAUAUGAUACAAAUAAUCAAUUACAAUUAUCUAAUUUUAUGAUUAAUUUAAUAAAUCAUGAAGAUGAAUUAUUAUUAUUUAAUUUUAAUAUAUAUGCAAAUGAAUUAAAUAAUUUAUUAAGUAUAUCCUUAUUACCAAAUGAAUUAUUUUCUGGUGAAUUAUCUAAUUUAAUGAAUUUAUUAUUAUUUAAAACAAAUCAAUUAACAUCAUUAUUAAAACUAAUUAGAUUACCAAUAGAUCAAAGAAUUCAAAUAACAUUAUCAUCUGGAUGGUUAAUACAAAUCGAUCAUAUAACUAUAGUAACAAUAAAUAUAUUAAAUGCCAUAGAAACUAAUUUAUGGUAUUUUACAGGACGUAAUAAUAUAAGAACAAAAAUUGGAUUUAUCAAUGAUGUAAAGAUUCAUUUUGUUGAAUUCUAUGAAUAUAAUAAUAAUAAUAAUAAUAAUAAUAAUAAUAAUAAUAAUAAUGCAAUAGAGAUACCUAUUUCUCAAUAUUAUAUCCAUAAAGGUAAUGCUAUACAAGGUUAUAUUGAUUUUAUUACAAUAAUGAAUAUCAAUCAUUUACCAGAGAAUAUAUGUUUAGCAAUGAAUCAAGGUGCGAAUACAUUUAUUAUACAAUGGUAUACAGUAAAUAAUUCAAUGAAUAAGACUAUUCAACAUUUAUCAUCAACUGGAAUAGAACAUCCUUCAUCUUCGUCACCUUCUUCAACACCUGCAUCUUCUUCUUCUUCUGCUUCGACUUAUCAUUAUAUAUCCAAUUAUACAUUACAACCUGUAUCAUACUAUUUAGGUUAUGAUAAUUCAUUGAAAUGUAAUCAGAUGAAAGCUAAAACUAUUUGGUGAAAUUGAUUUGACCGCUUUAAAAAUUUUUUUUGUUUUUUUUCUCUUUUUUUUAAUUUAGAAUUACAAAUUGUAUUUCUAGGAGAAAAAUUCUUUUCUAACUUACUUACGCUUGUUAGUCCCAGUGAAGGCGUAUACGACGCUCACCAGCAUUAUCCGCCUGUAGUUCUUCUAAGGUUAUUACCGGUUCUAAGCCUGGUUUAAAAAAGAGGAGGGUUAGGUAUGAUAGCAUUAACAACUUUAUCCUUUAGUAAACUGACUCAACAAAAAUUAUAAUUGAUAGAUGAAUAGAAUAGUUUUAGAAGUGCACAUAUUAGAAGUGUGAUGCUAAAUUCAUUCCUCCAUUUCAUUAAAUAACACAUUGUCAUCAUAUCUGAUAUUGAUUUAUAAUGGAAAUAUUAGAUCUAAUUGCUAACCUUAACAACAAGUAGAUAAAUAUCUUUGUGGCUAUUUUUUUGGGAUAAUUUUUUAUGAUUAACGUUUGUUUAGCAAGUUAGUUUUCUACGGGAUGGGGUCGCUAAUCCCAUGCCCAACCCUCCUCUUUUUUCCGGGCUUGAGACUGGCAGUAGCCCCCCGGAAGCACUCCAGACGCAGUUUCAUGGCUAUUUUAGUAUUGUUCAAAUAUCAUCUGUAAAUUAUAGUUCGAAAUUCAUUUCUUCAUUCGACCAAUUCAUAAUGAUGAUUGAAUUCCUAACUUUUAUAAGUAGGUAAAUAUCUUUAUGAUCUUCUCUAUGCAUUAUAAUCUUAUCCUACUUAAUCUUAUUAAUUAGGAAUAUUCAUUUAUGUAAAGUUUCUAUGUCAAAACAUAAAUAUCUUGAUCAUUUCUAUUUUGUUAUGAAUGCAUAUAAUGAGAUAUUAUUGUUUGAAUUGGGUAGUUUUAUCGUGGAGUUUUCAUGGAGAAUAAAUUGUUUAUCAUUCAACUCACUUUUUGGUGUGUUACAUUGUACUUCAUGUUGAAUAGCAUUUGGUUACUGUGUUAUUAGAUUUAUUUCAUAUGGAGCUUAGAGGUCGAUGUUACCGGGACAUAGAUUACAUUAUAGCAUGCUCAAUGCACGAUUGCUUUGGUGCACGCUCAUUGGCUAAUUCUUGCCCAGUCAGCGCUAGUCGAUACUUGGAGAAUACUCUAGAAAUCUUCUCAUAUAAAAACUAUAGAUAUACUAACGUUUAUCCUAUUCUGCUUCUUACUUCCAUUUAACCUUGUUAUUUGGAAUAUAAUCUCUUUCCUGUCAACCGUAUUCUGAUUUGGGGACUUGUCGAGUGAUUUGGUGUCCGUGAAUACUAAGCAAUAGCAAUAGCUGGGAUAUAACCAUAAGAAAGAAUUAUAACACCGAGGAUCAGUGAAUCGAUGUUCAAAGUUAAAUGUAAAUGCCGAACCAUUAGGAACUAGAUAAGCAUUUUUUUCUUAAAGUUACCGAUCUUCACGGUAAAACGUUGUUAUAAAUAAAUUCACUUGGUGUUGUUUUACUUGUAUCUUCUCAUUGAUAUUUAGGACAGCAAUUGAUCAGUCUCAUGUUAGCAUAUACACAUAUCCUGUGUGGACGGCCUCGAUAUUGCCUGAAUUCACAACUUAGUAGCUAAAUAGAUAACGUGAUGGCGUUUGAGGUGAACGGUACUGGGUUCAGGUCCCAGAGUGAACAUUAACUCUGGGAUGCGGGUAUAUCCAGGUGACGAGUCCCAAUUAGGACGAAACACGCGUCCUGGAUUCCACUUCUAACCACUAUCUAUCGUUGUUAUAAAUACUUUCUUAAAAUCAUUUACAACAAUAAGUCAUUGUAAGAAGGUAUCCUUCAAUAAGGUCGAGGAACAAAACGUCGGUUUACUAACAUCAUGUAAAUCUUAUUUAAGUUUGUAAAUUUUCAUAAUACAGCUUAACAUGUCUAAAUGAGCAAAUUCAAAAUUGAGCGUUGUUCUGAGUAAAUAGUUUAGUAUCGAUCGGUUUUAUUAAUCUUUUAAAUCUAAUUUAAUGAGUGCUAAUACCUCCCUGUAUUGCAUAGUCCAUGCUAGUGUUGAAUACUUACAACUAACUGUUCGACUUUCAAAUUUGUUCCAUUAAUAAAUCAUUACAGUCACUUUGCAUGUAGAUAGUAGAAUGAGUGAAUUUGGAUUUUCCAAAGGCAUUUAAUGGUCAUGUUAUUUGCUGCAAAUUAUCUAUGUCAUUAGAAUCACAUUUGGAAGUUGAGCUGAAAUGGUAUACAACAAACUGGCAGGUGCAGAGUCUUCUUUUAUGAAAUGUAAAGCAAUUAGUCCAUUUGAUAGAUUUCAAUAAUGUAAUGAGAAGAUGAAGAUUAUUAGAACUAUAUGAUGAUAGAUUAGCGCAAUCUGAUCACACAUAUACUUGUCAUAAAAUUGAUUUUAACUCUGCCUUUGUGGCUAACUAGAGAAGAAUAUGAAAAGAACUAAUCGCGACAACAAAUCUGGUUAUUCCGUUCCAAAGAAAAACUUUUGUAUAAGUUUGGAAUUUAAAGGUGGUCGAACAUCUGAUGUAAUCAGAAAUCAUUUAACGACAGCGAUUAAAAGGAUAUUUAAUGCGAUAAAACUGCGAAUAACGUCCACUGGUAGGAACUUAUUUUCUGUACCCAUAAAACGUAAGCUUCCCCAUCUCAUCGCCUCCAUGUACAUCUACCAGUUUACCUACUCUUGUGGAGCAAGGUACAUUGACCGUAUUCAACGUUCGCUUACAACUCGGAUAUGGGAACACGUCCCAGUUUGGUUCUAUAAGGGUGUGAGGAAAGCAGUUAGGAGUUCUAUACUUGAAUAUCUAAUCGACUGUAAUCAUUCUAUGGAUCUGCAGUUUCAUUUUAAGGUUGUAUAUGUAGUUCGUUCUAAUCUAUCCAACUCCUAAAAUAGCUGGAACACUUAUUUUAUUUUAACAAAUAGAUAUUGGUACAAAGAGGCACCAAAUAUAUAUGCGCCACACAGAUAUCGUUCGAUUUGUGUGAGGGCUGUGAUACUAACCGGGUGCACAAACUGAAGUAGGUGGUUGUUUUAGGGGGCCACACCCGGAGCCUUCGACCUGAACGUCUGACCCACAAGGCAGUGGAGCAACGUCACAUGAUGCAGUCCUAUGGUAGCCGGUGACCAUCGAUUGGUUCAUACGCCAUUUUUUCCUUCAGGAUACUGGAGCCCAUGUGCACCGUUGGUUUGGGAUCCGGUUAAAGCGCCGGACAUUCGCUUUUCGUCCUCUCAAUUUCGUAAAGAACACCCGUGGUGCUAGAACGC